UGCUAAUUACAUCAGUUCUGAUUUAUAACUAUAUUCAUUUUCUUGCUAUUCAGAUGCAUAAUGGGUACCAUUCUUAUUUUCCUCCAAAUCACUAUUAUGCUCAAAGUCAGCCAUCAUCGUCGUAUAAUCCCCAACCACAAAUUCAACAACCGCAAACCCAAAUAUAUGGAUUGGUAGUUGGUUACAAUAAAUAUGGAAACAGAAAUUAUCUUUUCUAUACCAAAAAUAUCGAUGGAUUUGUCGAAAUCAGUGGAAAUAUUCAGAGCCUGCAGAUAGGACGCUGGCUAAAAUUAACUGUUUGUCAGAACUUCGUGGGACAAUACGUAUUGGAUUCCUCAAAUAGUUGUGGAUAUGAAAACUGGGACGUUUUGCCGAAUCACAGAAAUUCAUCGGCGAGAUUCUUUCCGAAGUAUGAGGCUAACGAUGAAGGAGAAAUUUUGAUAACAGCUCGAUUUGAUGUAAUAGUAGAUCGGAAAAAUAAUUUGUAUGAUUUCACCAGUUACGAUAUUUCCUAUGAUCAUAUUAUUGACGACUUUAGUCUGAUCAAAUCAUCAUGUCAACACUAUGAUGGACGCAGUUUUAUUGUUGAAGCUCAAGCAUCUCUGGCAGGUUGGGUCGCAUUGAGUGUGCAUGAAGAUCCACAAAAGCUACACACCUGUGAUGCUCUCCCGAAUCCAGUCGUUGAUUCUGAUGUACAGUAUCUUCAUGAUACAAGACUGUUGGAUAUUAUGACUGGUAAUGGAUAUGUUCAAACACCCGAAACCGACGUACAAGAUCAACAAUCAAGUCAACAUCAAGAAGACGUGCAUUCUCAAAUGAACUCGCAGACAUCUGAUUCGUACAAUUCCUCUAGAGUUGUGUCAGAGAAUCGGGAAAUACCUCCGGAAACUUUUCGAAGCCAAAGUAUCGAAUUGAAUCAAGUUGAUUCAUCCUUGUCCCAGACUACAAUCUCAAGUCGAGCAGCACCAGUUAUUGAUUCAAAUCAGUUAUCAGAUGAAGAUGAAAUUGAUGAUGAAGAUACAUACGGAACACGUGGAACAUCUAAUAUUCCGAUGAGACCGUUUAUUAAAGAUUUAGCUCCAACGAUGCUUCAACUGCUUCGUCAAGAUAAAACUGAUUCCGAAAAACCUCAAUCUGCUUUAUGCACCGUUGUGCAAAAAAUCGAUGGCUUUGCAAUUUUGUACACAGCCAAAAGAGACGUUAUAAACGUUUUGCUUCAAGAAAGAUCGUGUGAAGGAUUGGAAAGAUCCCCUCAACUCGGAGACGUGGCAUUCUUCGAUAUCUUGCCUCGUAGAAUUGAAACAAAAGAUAGGCUCAUUUUCAAGAUUCCAUAUACACAUAUUGCAGUGAAAAAGAAACCAGACACGCCAGAUUCUCUCCUUAAAAUUGAUUGCUUUAAAAACUCGGUCAGAUGCUUCGGAGGAGUGCUUGAAAUGAAAGUAAAAAUCGCACUUUCAAAACCUGAACUAGUAGUGGAGCAAUAUCAUGACAACACAGAGAUGAACUCGGAUCAUCAUUUUUAUUAUUUGAAAGCAACAAAUGGAGUACUUGUCACAAUUCCAAAAGAACGUCUUCUGAAUCAUUUGAAUUCGAAAUUAUCAGCAGAUUUUGACCUAAUCGCGUGGGUUGUUCAUCGAAAACCAAUUGGAAAUGUUUCAUUACAUAUUGGAAAGGGAGGUGAAGCUUAUCAACAGUUCACAAAUGGAGAUAUUCGAGAGCUUCCGCCAUUGUCUUCUAAUCAAUAUUUCAUGAAUGUUCGAAAGUAAAAACUGCACAAUCGACAAAUCACGUUAUGGGUUCAAAUUGUAUUCUGGUACAUUAAUUCUUGUUCUUGUGUUAACUUUUUUGAUUAUUUUUUGUAUCAUUUUACUGAUUAAAGCAUUUAUUUUCACAUGUUUAUUGUUUAUUUCUCGUUGUCUAGCGUUUUCAUCGUUUGAAAUAUAUUGCAUAUUG